GAGGAAGUGGGAUGUGUGGAGAUCUGGUGAAUGUCUCCUGCCUGCCGCAGUGAGAGAAUUACCCUCACUUCUCUCUAUUUCUCCCGGGAGUGACGUCGUUAGGCAGUACUUAGUGGCGGAGUAGCGGUGGUUUUGCCUGGGGGCCUCGACUAUGAUCAGAUCAGAUGAGCCCCUCUGAAUCCUGUUACACUCUGGCUUAGAGAAGACAGUGGAGAGAAGAAGAGGGAGUCAGAGUUCCAUGUGGCUAUCUUUCAUCAACCCCCCCCUGCCCAUUCCCCUCCAGGAAAAAGGAGUCAGUUGCAGAGUGGAGAGUGGAGGAAAACACAAGACUGUGAAAACAAGAAAACGUCAAAAGACUCGUCUUGAAGGAGGGAGAGAAACACAAACUGGGCGAGAGGAGGGGCUGCCUCAGCCAUGGGCAAACAGAACAGCAAGCUACGUCCGGAGGUGCUGAAUGACCUGCGCGAGAACACAGAGUUCACUGACCACGAGCUCCAGGAGUGGUACAGAGGCUUCCUAAAAGACUGCCCCACGGGCCACCUGACUGUGGAUGAGUUCAAGAAGAUCUAUGCCAACUUCUUCCCGUACGGGGACGCCUCCAAAUUUUCCGAGCACGUCUUCCGCACGUUCGACACCAACGCAGACGGGACGAUAGACUUCCGGGAGUUCAUCAUCGCGCUGAGCGUAACGUCACGAGGCAAGCUGGAGCAGAAGCUCAAGUGGGCCUUCAGCAUGUACGACCUGGAUGGGAACGGAUACAUCAGCCGCGCGGAGAUGCUGGAGAUCGUACAGGCCAUCUACAAAAUGGUGUCCUCGGUCAUGAAGAUGCCAGAAGACGAGUCCACACCUGAGAAGAGGACAGACAAGAUCUUCAGACAGAUGGACUCAAACAACGAUGGUAGGCUGUCCCUGGAGGAAUUCAUCAAAGGUGCCAAGAGUGAUCCGUCAAUAGUCCGCCUGUUACAGUGUGACCCCAGCAGUGCCAGUCAGUUCUGAACACACACACACACACACACUACUUUUAAGCCCACUGUCACGUGACUAAUAUUAUAUAAAUAUUGUAAUUAUCAUCACUGUUUUUUUUGAAGAGGGUUUGAUUUGUACUGUGACAGUUCCAUUUCAAUCCAUAGGAGGAUGUUUAUAAAAUGUAAUCAUUUUCACAUUGUAUUUCACUGUAAAUGUAAUAUGUGUCCACAUGUUUUGGUCCAUAAGUAUGUUUAAGUAUCCUGAUAGUGUUUGUUGUGCAACAAUGACAUCUAGAAUGAAGUGAAGUAUUGCAUAUGCUGUAUCAAGGCCCUGAGAAAGACCCAAGGCCCUGAGAAAGGCCCAAGGCACCUGAGAAAGACCCAAGGCACCUGAGAAAGGCCCAAGGCACCUGAGAAAGGCCCAAGGCACCUGAGAAAGGCCCAAGGCCCUGAGAAAGGCCCAAGGCACCUGAGAAAGACCCAAGGCACCUGAGAAAGGCCCAAGGCACCUGAGAAAGGCCCAAGGCCCUGAGAAAGGCCCAAGGCACCUGAGAAAGACCCAAGGCACCUGAGAAAGACCCAAGGCACCUGAGAAAGACCCAAGGCACCUGAGAAAGACCCAAGGCACCUGAGAAAGGCCCAAGCCCCUGAGAAAAACUUACAAGACACUUUGAUGCCAGAGAACGACAAAUGUGAUAUUUAUUCUGUUUAAUUGCAAAAACAUUUUUGUUAAAUUCAUAUGGUUAAAUUCACCAUAAGUUAGGUUUUAGGCCCUGUGCCUUUGAAUGUGUGGCUAACUGAUACAACCCACUUCCGCUAGCAUUGCUAGAUUCUCAAAAAAAAUGCUAGCCAGGAGAAUCUGGACAUUGCUUAACAAACAGCUAACAAUGGUUGGGAGGAAACGAAAAUAGGGAAAGAUGAGAAUAAAACUGAUAAAUAAUUACUUUUAACCUCCAAAACACAGGGGUUUGCCUUGAAAUGUGUCUGUUAAAACGAAUACCUCUAAUACUGUUUUGCUGAGUGUUGAGUUUUGUGACGUGACAAAACAUCCCUACUGCCAAGUUUGUGUUUGUAGAGUUGAAAAUAAAGUGUA